ACAAACAAUAUAAAUUUCGCCACUGGCAGUUAUAAUUUUAAUAAUACUAUAUCUAUAGAUAUUCGUACUGAAAGUAUGGCGUGAGUGUUGUACGAAUGGGCGUUACAAUAUAACUACCGUACAGUCGGUACAGUCGCACAGAUGCCAAAUAAUUGAAAUAAACUGUUUGCGUGGUGCUUUUGUCCUUUUUAUUUCAUUUUGAUUCCGACAUUUGACAUUUUAAUGAUCUGGAAGCACCUAGUUACUGGAGCGGAUCUGGACAACAGAAAUGGCUCGUGCACCUUGGAUGAUUUUCCUCCUUGUUGUCGCUUGUUUAAUUUCUCUGAUUAAUUUUUGGGUCAGUAACAAGGAAUAUAUAUUCGCCCAGCAGGACCUUGAUUCUAUUGCAAUGAAAUACAAAGGCAAAGAUAUCCAAGAUUCUUUCGAAGAUGUGGUUCGCGAUCUGAAAAUACGAUACGGGUUCCACAUCCUCGAAGCUUCUCCUACCGACUUCUUCCUGAUGAAUGCCGGCGGUUGGAUGGGUCAAGUGUGUGCGCUGCAUGUAUCGCUAACCGAGUAUGUCCUGAUAUUCAGCACUGUGAUGGAAACACAGGGUCAUUCUGGCCGAUAUUGGUUGAACAUCAGUGAUUUCGUAAUUAAUGGAUGGAUGGAGCAAUGGAAGGAAAAAACUUUUGAAGCGAAAAAUUUUACAGCCGGAACAACUGUUUACCAUCCAUGGCUUACUAGCGCUGGGGUGAGAUUUGGGGCGAAUUCCUGGUUUUUGGAGUACGGGCGCGGUUUUGUGCCUUCUUCGAUAUUUUUUGCGUCGGCCGAUGUGUUAUUCUCUACGCACGAUUUCGUUGCCUGGUGGGAAAUGAUAUGCUCUUUUGGCCGGGGAUUUGCAAGGGAAGGCUUCAUAGCAGUGGAAGAAUUUCUCAACCAGUAUCGGGAUUAUUACUAGAUUAUCUCGUAGUUCUGAAAUCCUGUGAUCCUGACAUUACUUAAUGCUGUUUCAAGUUUCAGCUGCUGAUUUUGCUGGGAUUCGAAGCUGGUUGCACAGCGUGAUGUGAGUCGCGAUUUUCAAGAGCUGUAACAAGUUGCACACACCUUUUGGAAAACUGACAGUGUACGUUUUAUUUUUUUAGAUUUUGUAACCAUCAAAGUCCAGACAUCAGUACUGUACCUUAAUGCUAUAAGCUGUCACGGUAUUUCUGUACUUCCAGUCUUACAAAAAUGCGAUGUUUGAAAAUAAAAUCA